GUCCGUAAUUACAAAAAAGCGAAGAGGGUAUUAACGUAACUCACCAAGAAGACGAGAAAGUGGGGAUGGUGGAAGGAGAGAUGAUAAGAGAUGGUAACGCGUCUCUAUGAGGCCCAUCCAUAUUCUCUCCCCCCAUUUCAUCUCUCUCUCUCUCUCUCUUCCUCUUUCCUCCUUAAUUCGAUCUGUGAACUCGCCGGAGGAAGGAGCGCUAAAGCAAAGGAGAGAGAGAUUCAAUAAAGACCGAUGGCGCAGAGAACGGAGAAGGAAGAGACGGAGUUCAAAGUACUCGAAACCUUGACGACGACGACGACACCAACAACAACGGCGGCGACGCUAUGUACCAAUAACUGCGGCGUUACAGCGAAUCCAGCGACCAACAACAUGUGUCAGAAAUGUUUCAACGCUUCCCUCGUUUCGACGGGUGUUGUUGUCGUUGAUUCCGGUUCUUCGGUCUUGAAGAGACCGGCUAGAUCCGUUAACCUCAGGUCGUCGCCAGCUAAAGUCGUGAUUCGUCCACGAGAGAUCGAUGCGGUUAAGAGAGAUCAACAGAUCGUUAACCGAUGUUCCGGUUGUCGGAAAAAAAAAAAAAAAAAACUUGUGGUGGCCGGUGGUUCAAAAAGCUCCGAUCUAUUAACGAUGGGAACAAGAGAUGCUCGGAGAGACAUCGAUUUGAUUGAUAGGUGGUGGCUGUGUUGUAAAAACGAAAGAUCAGAGAGAGAGAUUCCUCCCUCCCUCCUCUGUUCAAUCAAAAUCUGAACCUCAUUUUUUUCCUUUUUUUUUUUUUAAUUUAAUUCGCUUAAUUAUAUUAGUGAAUGAUUAUUAUUAUUAUUAUCGUUUUACCGAUUCAUGAAUUUGCUUUCUUUCGAAUGUACUAUGAUCCCUCUUGAUGAUCAUCGAGAAAUGUGUAUGUAGUGAAAAAAGGAUUCGGUAGAAACGAAAAGGGGUGCUUUGGUCAUUUUUA